AUGGAGACGCUUCGGAAGGCCGCGGGCGUGUCGUCGGAGGUCCACAUCUUCCUCGCCACCGGCAAUAGGAUGAAGCGGGUGAAAUGGCAAAAGUCGGGCACGUUCGCGGACCUGCUCGCGGCGCACAAGAAGGCGUUCUACACGGACGAAGGGAGGGAGUUCCCCGACGCGGUCAAGCUGGACGAGCGUUCGUUCAUGCUGCGCGACAGGGAGUACGGCGUGGCGUACGAGGGUUUCGCGAUCGGCGAAGUCGACAACGGGCGCGUCGUCGAGGUGAGGGACCCGGUGAUGGAGGCCGAGGCAGAGGUGGCGGCGGCCGAGGCGCGGAUGCUGCAGGCGGACCUGCAGCUCGGGCCCGAGGAUUACUUCACCGUCACCCCAGCCUCGGCGAGGACGGCCAAGUUCACGACAAAUGAUGUCGACGACAAAUCCGACGAAAAUGAGUCGGAACCCGUCGUGGACGAGAAACUGCAGAAGGAGUCCAUCGAGUGGGCGAAGAAGAUGCUGGGCAAGGGCUCGCCGGAGCUCGACUUUCGCGAGAAGACGUGGAGGUUUCUGGACGAUCCGAGCUCUUCCCCGUGGGCUCUUCGUUUCACCAUGUUCAUGCUCGCGCUCAUCGUGUUCAGCACCGCGACGUUUUGCAUCGAGACGCUGCCGCAGUACUACGAGCACGAGAUGGCGUUCACGUCCAAGUGGUUCAUCAUGGAGGCGUCGUGCAUCGCGUGCUUCACCUUGGAGUUUCUGUUGCGGCUGUGGUCCACGCCGAAACGAAACGAGUACUUCAACGACACGAUGAACUGCGUCGACCUGGUCGCCAUCCUGCCGUUUUGGCUCGAGCUCAUACUUGCGGGCGUCGCCAUCCCCGGCCUGUCCGUCUUCCGCGUCGUCAGGCUCGUGCGCGUGUUCAGGCUGUUCAAGGUGUCGCGCGGAUCCCUCACGGUGUUCGCCACCACGAUGAGCCGCUCCAGCCGACCGCUGUACAUGCUCGUCUUUUUCACGUCCAUCGCGACGAUCAUCUUCAGCUCGCUCAUCUACUACGUGGAGCGGGGUAAGUGGAACGACGAUCUCAAGAUGUGGAUGAGGGAGUACUACUACUACUGCCCGGUGAAGGCGGACGCGUCGGUGGGACCCGCGGUCAAGGGACCGACGCCCUGGACCCUCGCGACGUCAAACUGGACCCUGGACUCGGGCCUCGCCGAGCCGUGCAAGUGGAUCGACCCGGCCACUUACGCGCCGGGGGAGGCGUCCUACCCCGCCGAGGCGUGGUUCAGCUGCCCGUACUCGUACAAGAAGAGCGGGACGUGCGAGACGGUGUACGAGCAGUCACCGUACGACUCGAUCCCCACCUCGUUCUGGUGGUGUCUGGUGACGAUGACCACCGUGGGGUACGGAGACGUGGUGCCCACGCAGCCCCUCGGAAAGAUCCUCGCGGCGAUCGUCAUGAUCUUCGGCAUCGUCGUCAUCGCGCUGCCCAUCACCGUCAUCGGCAGCAACUUCAGCUCGAUCUACGCCAAGUUCACCGAGGAGGCGGGGAUGAACGCGUCGGAUCUGGAGGCGGAGAAGCUGGAGGGUAUCCUGGAGGGGGACGAGGACGAGGACGAGGACGACGACGUCCCCAAGACGCCCUGA